AUGACGCGUGCCCUGUUGGCACGUACCGAGGGGCGCGAGGGCGCGGGCGGCGGCGCGCAGCAGCGCCAGUGGGUCGGCGGAAGGGAAGGCCGAGCGGGGCGGCGCAGACGAGGUCGCAUCCAGCGCAGCUGCCACCCCGUCGUCCCAGACAAGGGUUGUCCACCCGCGCCUUACAAGCCUGCCCCAGCGCUUCGCCACCCUCCUCGGGAGACCGCCCUUCCCCGGCUCCAGCCCCGGCUGUCCCGUCGCCUGCCCCCGCCGAGACCAGCCCAGCCCAGCUCCGGCCUAAGGCCUGCGUCCGCGUGCGGAGGGAGGGAGGGGUCGCGCCAUCCUGUUGUACGCUGUGAUUGCGGCAUUGCAGCCGGCCCCCAUUACAGACCGCUGUUACGAGUCCACGCUCCUUUCCGUGAGAAAUCCAAGAGAAGCGAAAGAAGGGAUAACGGACUAGCUAGUAGAAAUCCAGUAGAAGGAUAUAUAGUUAAACCGUGUUUUCCCCGUUGUGCUGCCAGUGAUGCCGAUCACCAGAAAGCGGACUGGGACAGCAUCCACGAGAAGAUCUGCCCGCUGCUGACUCCAGUGCGCACGUCAGUUCCGUUUUUCAGCUCUGAAAAAGAAAGGAAGCACGGCGCGGAGCAGCUGCUGCGCCGGCAGAAGUACAUAGCUGACCUUACUUAUGAAGUGGCCCAGAAGUUUCUAUAUGAAGGAAAACACGAAGAAGCAAUUCCUGCCGCUUUGCAUUCACUGCGUUUCAGCAUUAGUAUUUAUGGCUCAAAUUCUGUGAAAUUAGUGCCUGCUUAUCUCAUCUUAGCUGAAGCUAGCACUGGUCUUGGUCAUCUUACCCAAGCAGAUGAAUACCUCUCUCAGGCUCAGUGGAUUGUUCUCAAGACUCCCGACUGCACUAAUGCCAUUCAGUCUAAAUUGCAUCGUAACCUGGGUCUUGUCAAUGCUGCUAAAGGAGACUUUGAACAAUCUUUAUAUAACGUAGCUAAUGAUAUUUAUUUUGCCAGUUGUGCCUUUGGAACUCAUGAUACCAGUACAUCUGGAGGGUAUUUCCACAUGGCUAAUGUUUUCUUUCGCCAGAACAAAAUGGACAUUGCAGACUCACUGUACUCUGAGGCAACUGAUAUCUGGCAUGCCCAUUUCAGUAGGUUGAUUCAAAUCCAGUCACAAACUCUCAAGUCUGCAACAGAAAUUGAUAUAUUAGCUGGAAACGUGGAAGCCAGUGGAGAACCUCUAAGUGAGGCCCAGCAAGCUGAAGCCAGUCAAAUACUGAAUGCAAUAUUAGAUAUCAGAGAACAGGCCCCAAAACAGAAGCCUGAUAAGAUGGCCAUCGUUUUGCAUGCUCUUGCAAUGCUUCAUUACUUCACCAUGGACUUACCAAAGGCUCAUGAACUUGGGGUGAAAGCCUCUCUAAUAACCCAACAAUUGCAAAACCAAGACUUAUUGGAAGAUAUUCGUUGUUUAUUGAAGUUGAUUAAAUCCAAAAAUGUUUCAAUGUAAAACAAAGCACAGUUUGUUCCUCUAGAUCCUACAGGUCUUCCGCUAGGUCAUCUGUUCCAGUAAGUUUCUAUAACCAUGAUGACAAUGCAUUAUUAGCUCCUUGCUGCUUUGCUGUUAUUGUUUGGCCUCUCUCUCUGGAAAUGUUCCCUUUCAUCUCAGUUUUUGGGGUGUUUUUUUAAUUAAAAUUCUACUUCAUGCCAGUUGUGUACUGUUCCUAUAUAACGGUCAAUUUGAUUUUAUCUGGAUGGUUGU